UACAUCAAAAAGACAGAACUGUGUCAUUUACAAAACUGAAAAAUAUGGAUUCGAUAUACAGUGAAUAUUACGAAAAACACAAUAAAAGAACAAAUUAAAAUAGCAAACAUGUGUAAACACGACAAAGAAGCCUUUAUUUACUUGUACAAUAAAUUAGUUAACAUACCAUGUAGGGCAAAAGCACUAAAAGAACGUAACAAAAUAUAAAAUUGCUUCACAAAAUAUCUAUUUAUUUACAUUUUAAACAACAAUGUUGGCUGAUGACGAUGAUGAAGAGGCAACGGCAGGUGCGGUGCGCUACCCGGUUAUGCCGUCGCUGGUCUCCCUGCAGCAGAUGCGGAAUCGUCUUCACAUGGGACAUUUGGGGCGAAAGCUGAUGAAAUGGACCAGCAUUGCGACCGGCACCGAACUGAGGAGAAUAUCAGCUGAAUUGCUAACCCUAUACGAUACCUUUGCUGAAGAUAUGAGGGAAGCCUUCAUAAUGCUGGCUAGAUGUAGAUAUUUCUUCCCCGAUCUGAACAAGAUGGUCAUCGAGGACAUACAAUCAUGGGCCAGCGUCACUGUGGCAUCUCAUACCAAGACUAUUACUGGCGUUCGGAUUAUAGAGUAUUUUAUUGUGGAGACGGACACGGCAUACGAUUAUCUAGGUCUAGGGCAGGGCGGCGAGAUGAUAGAAGAAACGAAAAGGUUCUGGAUUCAAUUGCUCAAAUUGAUGAUAAAAAUGGCGGAACUACGAACAAGCUUUGCUCUCGUCGAAGCCGUGCAUAAAGCGGCCACGAAGGAAUGUUUCAAGACUAGUUUGUUUACUAUUCUGCGUGAGGUAAUCACCAAUGAAUUCCACAACAAUAUGCAAGAUUUAUUCUGUAAAAUUACAGUUAUAGAGACGAUAAAAAUCUCAAUGCAUUUACAUAAACAUGUUAGUAUUAGUUGCUUCGGAUUUGAUUUGAUCUAUUUUAAUUACAAUAAUAGUAUUUGCAUAACUAUGUCAAGAAUAUUAUAUCAAGAAAUAAUCUCUAGAAAUAAAAAGAACAAAAUAUUGGAACAAUCCAAAGAAAAACGAAAUAAGAACUACCUUACAAGCUUGAAUCAAUGUAUAAAAAGUGGCGGAGAUCAAAUCAAUCAAAUAGAAAUGACAUGUGGAUUACAAGCAAAAUUAUCUAUAAAAGAUAAGAAAAAAACAAAUGAACGCUUUUCUAGAUUGACAGAAGUUGUAUCUCAGCUUGCACAGGCUAGAGGAGACAGCCCAACUACAUUUAUCAUUAUGACAGUAACACAAUGUAAUUAUACCGGUAUCGAAGAAGCAGACACGCCAGUUCAUAGAUGUUGUCCAUCAAAUAAGAAAUCAAGUAAAAAUUUACAAUUGGAUAGUAAUAACUCAGAGAAUAAUAAUGACCCAACUCCGCGGACAUCUAGCGAUAACGCAACUCAUUUUAAAAAGAUAGUGAAGAUCAAAAAGCAUAGAAAUGAUGACGGCACGAUGACUGUUCAUGAAGAAGUUACUACGAUAAAAAAAACAGUAACUCCUCAACCGCCAAUAGAUCAUAAUAUUAAAAUUAAAGAUAACCUUUCAGCAAAAACAAAAACUCAGUUGAAUCCUGAAAUAGAUAAAGCAUCUUGCCACACAGAAACUUCUUAUUCAGAUAUUAUUAUUGAGUCUGGUUAUUGUUUAACAAGUUGUUGCUCAUCACAAAAUUUAAAAGACACUGGACAAAAAAAAGCAGUUACCAAAGACCAAUGUUGCUCUACUAGUGGGCUAAAUAUCGGCAUAGUUCCACGAAACUGCGUCUCAGCUCCAGUUGUACAAAAUAAAACAUCUAGUAAUGAAAAUGAUAAUCAAGGAAAAAGUCGUAGUGGUUGUAGUAUAAAAAUAAUCCUUCAGUCUAGUGAAACAGGUGGCAAAACAAAAAAAGGUAAAGAAAGUCCCGACUUAUGCUCGUGCUGCUCUAAAGAUUCUUCUAACAUAUCAAACAGUGCAUCUCAAGAAUCAUCUGAUGAUUCUGACGAACAAAGUUCUGAGAGUAAAAGUUUAUGUUCAUGUGCAGCUAAAGAAAAGGCUAAAAAAUCUACAAGUACAUGUUCAUGUAAGAUGAAAGAAUCCAAAAAAUCCUCGACGUCAUGUCCACAAUGUGAAGCAAAAGAAAAGGCCAAGAAAUCCCAAAAGUCAUGUUCAUGUAUGGCUAAAGAAGCAAAAAAAUCUUCGGACUCAUGUCCACAUUGUGCGAAUAAAAAGGCAAAAGAAUCUAAAAGUUCGUGUUCGUGUAAGUCUAAAGUAUCAAAAAAGGCAUCAAAUUCAUGUCCACAUUGCGAGGCUGAAGAAUCUAAAAGUUCUUGUUCGUGUAAGGUUAAAGAAACAAAAAAGGCAUCAAAUUCAUGUCCUCAUUGCGAGGCUGAAGAAUCUAAAAGUUCGUGUUCGUGUAAGGUUAAAGAAACAAAAAAGGCAUCAAAUUCAUGUCCUCAUUGCGAGGCUGAAGAAUCUAAAAGUUCGUGUUCGUGUAAGGUUAAAGAAACAAAAAAGGCAUCAAAUUCAUGUCCUCAUUGCGAGGCUGAAGAAUCUAAAAGUUCGUGUUCGUGUAAGGUUAAAGAAACAAAAAAGGCAUCAAAUUCAUGUCCUCAUUGCGAGGCUGAAGAAUCUAAAAGUUCGUGUUCGUGUAAGGUUAAAGAAACAAAAAAGGCAUCAAAUUCAUGUCCUCAUUGCGAGGCUGAAGAAUCUAAAAGUUCGUGUUCAUGCAAGACCAAAGAAGAAAAAAAGGCAUCAAAUUCAUGUCCUCAUUGCGAGGCUGAAGAAUCUAAAAGUUCGUGUUCGUGUAAGGUUAAAGAAACAAAAAAGGCAUCAAAUUCAUGUCCUCAUUGCGAGGCUGAAGAAUCUAAAAGUUCGUGUUCGUGUAAGGUUAAAGAAACAAAAAAGGCAUCAAAUUCAUGUCCUCAUUGCGAGGCUGAAGAAUCUAAAAGUUCGUGUUCAUGCAAGACCAAAGAAGAAAAAAAGGCAUCAAAUUCAUGUCCUCAUUGCGAGGCUAAAGAAAAAGCAAAAGAAUCUAAAAGUUCUUGUUCAUGUAAAGCUAAAGAAGCAAAAAAGGCUUCAAAUUCAUGUGCACAAUGCGAAGCCGAAGAAAAGGCAAAAGAAUCCAAAAGUUCAUGUUCAUGUAAGGGCAAAGAAAAGGCUGAAAAAUCGGAUGGUUGUCCACGAUGUAAGGCAAAGGAAAACACUAAAAAACAAAGUUCAAAUUCAUGUCCUAAAUGUAAAACCAAUGAUCAGUCGGCGAAAGAACUAGAUUCGUCAAGUGAAUGCCAACAAUGUAAAGAUAACAAUGAUACAAAAUCAAGUACCAAAUUAUGUUCCAGUUGUAUAUCUAAAACCAAAACAAAAAUAGACGAAAUAUCGUCAAAACAAUCAGCUAAUAAAUGUCCUCACUGUGCGGCAAUAGACUCAUCACAGAAACAAACUCCUAAAUCAUCAUGUCCAAAAUGUCAAGCCAAAAAUUCAUCUAAAGAUACCAACAAUAAAAAGACAUACGGAGGUUUAUCUUUUGAAAAUAAUUUACACGAAAAGAAAAGUAAAUGUAAAUGUUCAAACGCAAAGCAAAACGAAGGGAAUGCAGACCAAUCAAAGUGUACUUGUGGUAAAAAUAAAAACAGUGAGAAAGAAAAGAAAAACUACGGAGGAUUUUCAUUUGAAGAUAAUUUACACGAGUCAAAAAAUAAGUGUAAAUGUAAAGAAAAAGGUAAAAAAACAGGAGAUGGUGAUCAAAGCAAAUGUCCCAAAUGUAAAGUUAAAGGAGAUAGCAAAACGAAUAAUAAAAAGGAGAAAACAGAUGGAGGCUCGAAACAACCAUGUACUGCAUGUAAAUCAACGCAAGCAACCGACGUGAUAGAAAUAAAAACGCCGUGCUGUAAUUUUGAACCGACAACUUCAUAUGCCACAAUACCGUCUGCUGCGUCGGUUUGUCAAGCUUGCCAAACUGAUCAAAAACCGUCCAAAUCUGCUACAUCUGUUAAAAUAAAAGCUUCCUCUGACGCGAUAAGCAAAAAAUCUCACACUUCUACUAAUGAUAAAAAGCGAAAAAAUAAAGAAUCAGACAGCGAAUGCUGUGAAACAAAAAGCCCCAAAUGUACUAAAGAUGUGUCUGUCUCAACAGCAUUAAACACACGCUCUGAAGAGAACGAGAAACCUCACAUAAUAGUGCCCUCCAAAUAUAGUAAGAAGAAGUUGUGUCCAGUUUGUUCUCAAGAAAAAUGCGCAUCAGUCUUCGAUUACUCAAAACCGAAGAGAAAGGAUCCACCGAAACAUAAGUGCGAUUUCGACGAAGAACCCGGUUAUUCGAAAGAAAGUUUGCCGAAGAAAAAGUCAGUACAAUCAGCUGAAUCUCUGUGUCAAAUGUGUGAAGUGAAACUAGCUGUUGCCAAGUUCAUGGCUGGGAUGAACAAAAAGCCAACUUCGAGCAAGAGUACUAAUACUUGCGCUGCUUGCAGUGAUGAGAGAGAAAUCAAAUCGUCAAAUUAUUCAAACUCAUGCUGCGACGUUGGCGUUGGCAGUAAAAGUUGUUGCCCAGAUACAUCGAAAAACGAGAAUAAAGAAGAGCAGUGUCCUGUGUGCGCUCCGCCAAAACCCAGUUGCCCUUCAAAAGAUGCAGCUGCAUCGCCCAGAGAUAAUAUCAGCGAAUGCAGUUACUGUCCUAAAAUGAAGGAUGCUAGUACAAUGACGGCAGUAUCGAACAGAUACGAUGUUAGAACUAUCAGUAACUUUGCACCGCCGCCGCAGAAAAAGAAGCAAGGCAAAACUUGUACAUGCACGUCUGAUAGCUAUUUAACUUGUCGUCAUUAAGGACAUUACGACGGGAUGAUCAACAGAUCAUUGUAAGCUACGAUCAUCACCGUAUUUUCAGCCUGUCUCUGUCUACAGAGGAGCAUAGAUCUCUUAUCGAAUACGCUAUCCUCUUCUGUCAUUUCUCAAAUGUAUCUGGAAAAAUUAUGGUAUGUAUGGGGAAAAUGAUGGUAGAAUCUAAUAAUAAAUUGAGCCAUGGAAUUUUCUUUGUAACAAUCAUAAUACCUAAUCACUUUUAUUUUCACAUUAAAGCCAUAUAUUUUUGACAUUAAUUAGGUAUUCCGAUUCUCUUCAAAACUUUGUGAUAAGCUUUAAAGACAAUAGAUACAGUUUUUGGCACUAAUAAAUUGAUAUUUUAAACAUU